AUGGGAGUGCCCGCGUUCUAUAGAUGGCUGACUGAUAAAUAUCCCAGGGUGGUGCAAGAUGUAGACAAAGCCAUGCAAGACCCAAAUGGAGUGAAAUAUGAUAACUUGUAUCUUGACAUGAAUGCCAUCAUCCAUCCAUGUUUUCACCCUGAUAGUGAUCAUGACGAUAUUCCACUUCCAACAACAUUCGAAGAUGUUUUCAGAAAUGUCUUUGACUACAUUGAUAGACUUGUCGACACUGUUAGGCCUCGCAAGCUCGUAUACAUGGCUAUUGACGGGAUUACCCCACGUGCCAAAAUGAACCAGCAACGUUCAAGACGAUUCCGAGCUGCUAAGGACAAAGAAAUUCAUGAAGCUGAGGAAGAGAGGCUAAGGAAACAAUUUGAAAUGGAAGGGAAACAAGUUCUUCCUAAACAAGAGUCUGAAGUUGCAGAUUUCAAUAUUAUAACACCAGGCACUGAGUUCAUGCAUGAACUCUCAAAGGCACUUAAGGGCUAUAUCUCUACAAGGAUAAAUUGUAACUCAUUAUGGAAGGAUAUUAUGGUAAUUCUCUCCGAUGCUAAUGUUCCCGGGGAAGGGGAACAUAAGAUUAUGUCAUACAUACGCAAACAGCGUACUCUGGAGGAGUAUGAUCCAAAUACCUGUCACUGUUUAUAUGGCUUGGAUGCUGAUCUUAUAAUGCUUGCACUGGCGACUCACGAGCCCCAUUUUUCAAUAUUAAGAGAGCUUUUGCACAUUUGGCUACUGAGGGAGUAUAUUGAGUUAGACAUGAAGAUAGAAAAUCCUCCAAAAACUUGUAGCAUUAUUAAGCUUGAGAGAAUAAUUGAUGAUUUCAUCUUCAUGUGCUUUUUUGCUGGAAAUGAUUUUCUGCCCCACCUGCCAUCUUUGGAUAUUCAUGAGGGGGCCAUUGAUUUGCUAAUGACUGUUUACAAGGAAGAAUUCAGUACUCUUGGAGGACAUCUAGUGGACAUGAGCAGGGUUGGAGAAAAAAAUGCUGCUUUUAUGAAGUUAUCUAGAGUUGAAAACUUUAUACUUAAGGUUGGUACAUAUGAAGAGAAAAUGUUUAAGAAAAGAUCUGAAAUACGAGAACGCAGAUUGAAAAGGCUUAUUCGAGAUAAUGAGGAUGCCAGGAGGGAAGAAAAGAAUGAAAAAUGUUUCUUUGAUCUUGACGAUGAAAAUACUUCUGAUUGCACUCUUCUGAUCAAGAAGGCACCAGAUUCAAAGUUGUCUCUUUUGGCGAAUAAUGUUUCUGCUACACAUGCUGAAAUUGAGCAAAACACAAAGGAUUUAAAAGAUGAAUUGAAGAAAAGUAUUAGACAAAAAUGUGACUUACUUUUGAGUGAAGAUUUCUUAGUUGACAAGAUAAAAUUUGGAGCACCUGGUUACAAAGAAAGAUAUUAUAAAGCGAAGUUUUCUGUGGAAACUCCUACUGACAUUGAGGGAAAAAGGAAGGAAAUAGUCCAGAAGUACACUGAAGGAUUGGCAUGGGUUCUUCAAUACUAUUUUUCAGCAGUUGCUUCCUGGACAUGGUUUUAUCCGUUCCACUACGGUCCAUUUGCUUCAGAUUUAAAGGGCAUGAGUCAAGUGAGAGUAAAAUUUGAAAAAGGUGUCCCAUUCUUACCACUUGAUCAACUUUUAAGUGUUCUCCCUCCAGGAAGUGCUCAUGCUCUUCCAAAAGCCUAUGCACAACUAAUGCUAGAUGAGAAAUCUAGAAUCCUUGACUUUUAUCCUCAGGAUUUUGAAGUUGACACUGAAGGAAAACGCUUCACCUGGCAGGGAAUUUGCAAACUUCCAUGGAUAGAUGAUACCCGGCUUGUGGCUGAAACCAAAGAACUCAAAAAUGAAUUAUCGGAAAAGGAGGCCAUAAGAAAUUCACUCAAGGCUGAUAGCUUGUUUGUUAGAAGCUCUAGCAAAUUAGCAGAGAAAUUUGGCUCUCUAUCUGUUGACCCAAAUUGCAAGAUAGACACGAGAAUAAGUGAUGGCAUUGGGGGUACCAUAAGUCCUUGCAAUGAAGAAGCUUGCUUGGACCUUUGUGACAACAAAGAAGAUCGUGUCUUAUGUGUCUAUUACGAGCUUCCUGCUGGUAGUAAUCACAUUCCUUGUUUACUAUCGAAUGUGAGCCUUCCAGAGAAGAAAAUCUUUGAAGGUGAUAUCAUGGAAACUGAACUCUGGCAUGAACGUCAGAGAUAUUUUAGUCGUUUUGAGAGGGUGCAAACUCAAGACAAAUGGAGGAGUGAAAACAAGAGCAAUAGUUCAAGGGUUUUCUCACAUUCAAGUAGACAACAUGAAAGAAGCUUUUCAUCAAAUGGAAGUAGCCAACAUGCAAGAAGCUUUUCAUCAAAUGCAAAUAGCCAACAUGGAAGAAGCUUUUCAUCAAAUGCACCUUCCUUUAUACACAAAGGUGCUGGUGUUGGAUGGGGUUCAGGUAGAGGGAGAAAAGUUGAUACAGUGAAAAAUGAAAGAAUUCCUAGUCAUGAACAACAUAAUGAUGCAGGCUCCUACCAUGUAACAACUACUAGUGACACCACAUCGCAGCUCUUUGUGAAUGACUUUAGACAAUUCAGAAUAUCAGAGUCUGGUCGCAUGAAUCAGUCAAAGAAUGCUUAUAAUCAUGAAGCUUCACAAUCUGAGAGACCUUUUGGUCGGGGACAAGGUAGGGGUGCUUCUAGUAGCAUUGCAUUGCGGCCUCAAUGGAGUGGUGCAACAUCUCAGCAAGGGAAAGAUCGUAAUCGUUGGUAA